GAAGGAAAUCACUGUGCAAAACAACAGUAGAGCUGAGAAGAGCUAGGAUCUGUGUGGUGGUUUCAGGAACUGCUUAUUCUUCAGGCUGGAGAGGACGAUGGUUGGGAAGGCCAGAUCCUCGAAUUUCACUUUGUCUGAAAAGCUUGAUUUGCUGAAACUUGUCAAGCCAUACGUUAAUAUUCUCGAGGAACACACCAACAAACAUUCAGUCAUAGUGGAAAAAAACAAAUGCUGGGACAUCAUAGCUGAUAACUACAAUGCCAUUGGAGUUGACCGCCCUCCUCGCACUGCCCAAGGCCUGCGCACACUAUACAAAAGGCUCAAGGAAUAUGCCAAGCAAGAACUUUUACAGCAAAAGGAGACCCUCUGUGACUACAAAGGCUACAUCUCUGAACCGACUAAGAAAGUUGUGGAAAUGAUCCCUCAGAUUUCCACUGUGUGUUUGAGAGAAAGGAAUAAUCUGCCAUGUGCUACCCUGGUAAAAGAAAUAGUUGCUACUACAAGUUCUCCUCAGCUAAUGUCGGAGCCCCAUCCUGCUGCCAUCACACUGGAACUGGAUCCAGAAGAAGAGGAUGUGAAGCCACCACCUUCACUAAUACUUGAAUUGCAAACACAGGAUAACUUGGAACAAAGAGAUCAGCAACAUAUGGUCCAUGUCAUGGAAAGAUCUCCAUCAACUUCUCUGUCUUCUGUGGAUAUAAGAAUGCUAUCUCCGUCGCCUAUCCCCAGGCGAGAUGAGUUUUUUAGGCUCGAAAGCGGAGAACGGUUUAGGCCAGCAUGUGGAGGGUAUGAUCCACAAAUGUUGCAAAUGCUAAAAGAAGAACAUCACAUAAUUUUGGAAAAUCAAAGGAAAAUUGGCCUCUAUAUCCAAGAAAAAAGGGAUGGGUUGAAAAGGAGACAGCAGCUGGAAGAAGAGCUUUUGAGAGCAAAAAUUAAAGUAGAAAAACUAAAGGCAAUACGAUUACGUCGUGAUCUUCCUGAAUUCAACAGUCUUUGAAUAUAAAGCAAUUCUUCUGCAUAAAACCGUGCUUAUUCUGUGUUUGAUUAGAAAAGAUCAGUUACUUUAUUUGGAUGGAUUGGAAGUGGGAGGACAAAAGAAUUGAUGGUUUUGUUUUUUUAAUUUCAUUUAUGUUUGCAAGAAAUCAAAAGACAUUUUCCACUGGUUUUCCCAAAUUUCAAGUCUCAAGGAAAACCUC